CUUCACCUCUACUAUAUCACAUCCUCUAUCUCUGCCUCAGUAUAUAUUUGGAUGAUAGGGCGAGCAGUGCGAGCUGCUUCCCUGUGCAGUGAAAUUGCUCGUGUCAAUCUGUGCAUACAUUAAGUUGGAAUAUUCUCCAACCCCCGACUGCCAACAAGAGACGAAACCAAACCGAAAGUCAUUAUGAGUGGUUUUGGAAGGCGAAGUAAUGAGGGCCAUGGUGGCUAUAUUGUGAACCAGCAAGUUGCCUUACCUGUUCCAUAUAGCCAAGGGGAAGACCAUGAGUUCAGCGUAAAUGAAUCUGGCUCAUAUCAUUUCCCAUCUCAGUCUUUCAACGCAUAUACUUCCCAGUUCAGCUCUCCAUAUAGCCAUUCAGGCAUGUCAUCUCAUAACCAGCAUUUGUCUUCUCACCACUUACCUGUGCACUCUGUGCUAUCAACCCCUGAACAUACGGCCCUACAACAACACCACCACCCUCAUCAGUCGCUACAGUACAUGGCACCGUCACGCUAUUUCCAAUCCCAAAGGUAUCUGCCUUUCCGCGAGACACUUGGGGAGACGGAUAUCGAAAGUCAAGACUCCCGAAACGAAAAUACGAUGUUAUCGGAACCAGUCAUUCCUCCACUGGAUGGGUUCCCAAAUGUACGGGAGUUCGAUCAACUAAUGAGAAGUUAUGUCGACGACCUCUCGAUUAAGAAGCAAGACAAAGCGUUGAUUCAUGCUAAAAGGGCGAGAAACAUAAGGACAGUCUUAUUAGACCCAAAAGAUACGACUGUAGAAUCUGCCCAGUUUCGAUUUUGGGUCAAAAAGAUGUUCAAACUUCAAGUAGUUGGCACAGGGGCUUCAGAUUGCAUGAAAGUGAUCUGUCAUGAAGGAAAGCCCGUGGCUAUUCGAGAGAAACUCUUCAAGAUUCUUACCAGGGCACAUCAACAGUGCCAACACGGUGGUAGAGAUAAGACAUCUGCUCAGGUGCGGCAGAUCUAUUCAUGGGUACCUAAAGAACUAAUCUCGCGAUUUGUCAAAAUUUGUCCGACUUGUCAAGUUCGCCGGGGAGGUUCGCGCAUCACUCCUCCUAAUUCAAGAAGAAGCUCACCCCGUCUCGAGAUAGUAUCUCGUUCCCCAAAACUUCCAUCACCACCCAUAUCAAGGUGUGAAUCCAGUCUGAACGUCCAAUUGCCGUUGGACAGGCCACAGGCAAACUACUUGACUCAAUUUAAUGGUCACAAUAGCUGGUCAGAGAGUCAAAAAGGUAUGCACCAACGGUCAAACUUUAGCCUUGGACACGGCUUUGUAAAAGCAACACCACCCCUACCCAGUUCAGUUUCGGUGUUGGACUCUCUCCAUGCGGAUCUUCCAGAACCAUCGUCACAGAUCAAUUACAAUUCGGGGUUUGCUACUACACAUAGCCCAUCUAGCCAUCGAGACUUUUAAAGCUCUUCAUCUGACCGGCGAAUCAUCAAACAUGUUCGGAAUAACCCCGACAAUCUGGCAAACUUGGUCUAUUUAUUUCUUCUCUUAUAUGCUUCCUCCCUGCUCUUCCUGCUCUUCCUGCUCUUCCUGCUCUUCCUGCUCUUCCUGCUCUUCCUGCUCUUCCUGCUCUUCCUGCUCUUCCUGCUCUUCCUGCUCUUCCUGCUCUUCCUGCUCUUCCUGCUCUUCCUGC